AUCAACCUUCCACUCCCGCCUCCGCUCUCAGCUCUCAGCUCCGCCUCCGCCUCCGCCUCCGCCUCCAUGGGAAUCAAGGGUUUAACGAAGCUCAUCGCUGAGAACGCCCCGGGCGCCAUCCGGGAGCAGACAUUCGAGAGCUACUCUGGCCGGUGGAUCGCCUUGGACGCCAGCAUGAGCAUCUACCAGUUCCUCGCGGUUGUUCGAAGGAAUGGGGUUGAGACCCUCACUAAUGAGGCUGGUGAAGUGACCAGCCAUUUGCAAGGAAUGCUUAACCGAACAACAAGAUUGCUGCAGGCGGAAAUAAUGCCAGCAUAUAUUUUUGAUGGCCAACCACCAGAAUUAAAGAAGAGAGAGCUGGUAAAAAGGCAUGUGAAGAGAUUGGAUGCAAUGAAAGAUCUAACAACAGCAAUGGAGAAUGGGAAUGAUGACGAAAUUAAAAAGUUUAGCAAAAGGACCAUCAAGAUGACCAAGAGGCACAAUGAAGAUUGUAAAAGGCUAUUAAGACUGAUGGGCGUUCCAGUGAUUGAGGCACCUUGUGAAGCAGAAGCUCAGUGUGCAGCUCUUUGCAAAGCCGGGAAGGUCUAUGCUGUAGCAUCAGAAGAUAUGGAUUCGUUAACCUUUGGAGCACCUAGGUUUGUUCGCCAUUUAACGGACCCAAGCUCUAGAAGGAUACCUGUGAUAGAGUUCCAAAUGUCUAAGACUCUUGAGGAGCUGAAACUCACAAUGGAACAAUUCAUCGACUUAUGUAUUCUCUCUGGAUGUGACUACUGUGACAGCAUUAGAGGUAUAGGGGGGCAAACAGCUUUAAAGCUUAUUCGUCGACAUGGUUGCCUGGAGAACAUUUUGCAGAACAUAAACAAGGAAAGAUAUCGCAUACCGAAGGAUUGGCCUUAUCCAGAAGUUAGGCAACUCUUUCAAGAGCCAACAGUUUCUUUGGAAACCCCUGAGCUGAAAUUGGCUCUUCCAGAUGAGGAGGGUCUUCUGAAUUUUCUGGUGAAUGAAAAUAGCUUCAACAAAAAUCGGGUAGCAAAGGCAAUAGAAAGGAUGAAAGGAGUCAAGAAUUUGUAUUAUCAAGAAAAGUCGGAGACUUUUUUCAAGCCAGUUCUAAGCGCAUCUUUGCCUCUGAAAACAAAGGAAAGGAAAUGCUUGGUUCACUUGCCCAGGGCACGCAUCAAAUCUGGAUUCAUGACUGCUGUUGAUGUCUCUGUGAUCUGUAGCUCCAAAAUGAACAGUUUGCCGCCUGUUCGAGCUCUGCGACUGCCAAGCUCGACGCCUGCACAUCUCGGUCUCGGAUUGUGAAUUCCGUUUUGGGGGGGGGGAAAAAACAAUGUAACAGCAGCAGCAGCAUGAUCCAGAUCGAUGGCGGCGGCGAUGUGCCAGGGAUCCAAAUUGCUCCGCCUCCUCCAGGGCUGCAACACCAUGCACCGCCUCCGCCACGCCCAGGUCCUCCUUCAUGGCUACCGCUGCCUCCGCCCCGACGUCGCCCACAAGCUCCUCCUCUCCUUCUGCUCCACUUCGGCGGCCGGAGACCUCGCCUACGCCCGCAUCCCCUUCUCCCAUCCCCCUCUUCCCUCCUCCACCCGCCACUGGAACGCCCUCCUCCGCACCGCCUCGCCUCUCCACGCCGCCUUCCUCUACAACGCCAUGAUCCACUCCCCAUCCCGCCCCGACGCCUUCACCUUCUCCUCCCUCCUAACGGCCUGCGCUGCCCUCGCCAACGCCGAGCCCAAGUGUCGGGAGGCUCACGCGUCGAUCCUCCGCCGCGGCCUCGCCGCCCACGUCGUGGUCGCCACCAACCUCGUCCGCGCUUACGCUGACACCGGCUCCAUCGACGACGCCCGGAAGCUGUUCGACGAGAUGCCUGACAAAGACCUGGUGUCCUGGAACUCGAUGCUCUCCUGCUAUUGCCGUGCCGGGCUCCACCAAGACGCCUUGUCGCUCCACGACCGGAUGCGGCUUGCCGGCGUCGGCCUUGAUGAGUACACCGCCGUCGGAUUGCUCUCCUCUUGCGCUCACUUGGGCGCAUUAGAUUUCGGCAUCCAGAUCCACAGAUUUGCAGCGGAAAAUGGGUUCUUGAGACGGAGCUUGUUCGUCGGCAAUGCCUUGAUCGACAUGUAUGCUAAAUGUGGCAGACUGGAUGAGGCAAGCCAGGUGUUCGAUGGAAUGCCGAGGAGAGACAAUGCUACCUGGAAUGCGAUGAUCGUCGGACUGGGAAUCCAUGGCCAUGCUAAUGAAGCUAUCUCCCUUUUCCAGAGGAUGUCGAUGGCUGGAGUCCGACCGAACUCCGUCACAUUUCUCGGUUUGCUGAUGGGUUGCAGUCACCAUGGCUUAGUCGAAGAUGGUGUUAGAUAUUAUCACUUGAUGAGCUCUGCCUAUGGUAUGAAGCCCGAUCUCAAGCAUUAUGGAUGCAUGGUCGACAUGUUUGGUCGAGCCGGUAAUCUCAAUCAAGCGCUUGAAUUUAUCGACGGUUUGACAUGCAAGGAUGACCCGGUCCUAUGGCGAACGCUGCUAAAUGCAUCCAGGAUCCAUGGGAAUGUGGAGAUUGGUGAAAUUGCUAUGGGAAACCUUGUUGAAAUGUCAGCUCAUAAUGCAGGGGAUUGUGCUCUUCUUUCAGAGAUUUACGAGCAAUCCGGCGACCAAGAAGGCGUCUCUAGAAUGAGAAAAUCGGUGAAGGAUCAAGGAAUCAAAACUACCCCUGGCUGGAGCUGCAUAGAGAUCAAUGGAGAAGUUCAAAAAUUUGUUGUCGGUGAUGUUUCGCAUCCGGAGAGUGGAGAUAUAUUUAUGAAGGUGAAGGAGAUGAUCAGCCAAGCAUCGUUUCUUGGCUACGCAAAGUGUCGAUCCAAGCUCUUUGAGAAAGGCUAUGCAAACAGCGAGUCCGACUACCAUAGCGAGAUGUUAGCCAUUGCUCUUGGGCUGCUCCGAACUCCCAAAGGGACUACUCUUAGAAUCGUGAAGAAUCUUAGGGUGUGCAAGGAUUGUCAUUCUCUGACAAAGUUUGCUUCCAGGAUCUAUGAUCGAGAGAUAGUUGUUCGGGAUCGCAUUCGGUUU